AUGACCAGAGCCUCAGCCUUAGCAGACGCCUUGAACGCUAUCAACAACGCUUCCAAGACCGGUAAGAGACAAGUCUUGAUCAGACCAUCCUCUAAGGUCAUCAUCAAGUUCUUGCAAGUCAUGCAAAAGCACGGUUACAUUGGUGAAUUCGAACUCAUCGAUGACCACAGAUCCGGUAAGAUUGUUGUCCAAUUGAAUGGUAGAUUGAACAAGUGUGGUGUCAUUUCCCCAAGAUACAACGUUAAGAUUGAUGACAUUGAAAAAUGGACUGACAACUUGUUGCCAGCCAGACAAUUUGGUUUUGUUAUCUUGACCACCUCUGCUGGUAUUAUGGACCACGAAGAAGCCAAGAGAAAGCACGUUGCUGGUAAGAUCUUGGGUUUCGUUUACUAA